AUGCCAUUUGUGCCCCAGCAUAUGCUGCUACCUACAGAACCUCCAGGCUAUCUGAGCGAAAACGCUCCAAAUCCUCCCACAGUGAUGGAAACUUUCGAGUUGGACGAAACGAAUGUGAAUCCCCCUCUGAAAUACGGCCAUUUAUUCGGCAAAAUCGCCGCAGCGUCACGCAUAUCAAUUGAAAAAUUCAACCGUUCGGUCGUGAGCCCUAUUAUGCGGGCCAUUGGUCCUGUAAGAGAAGGUGUAGCCUAUUUGGACAGAACCUAUGAGCUGGUGAUAAUCAAACUUGGGAACCCAUUAGUAGUAAAAAGACUCAUCUAUGUGAUGUUUGUGGUAGUUCUCAUGAAUUCUUUGUAUUAUGCGGAACGCAAUGAUAGCGUGAAAGGUGUAAGUGGUGGUGGAUUCACUGAUGGGAAACUUUUCGACAUCGACUUGCUAGCAAGUAAUCUCCGACAGUAUAUUGAUCCGCUGGUGCUUAAGGAGAAUAUCGAAUAUGUGAGCUCGGUACUGCGGUUUCCUGGAAGCGUAGGCGACCUAGCCUUGGCGCGGUACGUCCAAACGUAUUACACUAAUAACGGUAUCAAGACAGCUUACAUUGGCGAACACAAGGCAUACAUAAAUUAUCCUGUGGCAGAAGGAACGUAUCUUAAACUUUCCGAUGGAUCUUUCGAAGCUUCUCUUGGCCAAGGUGACAAUAUUCAACAGCUAGCAUUUAAUCCUGGCGCGCUCGGUACAAGUGAGGAAAUCGAAGCGCCCUAUGUUUUUGCCAAUUUUGGCAGUGAAGCAGAUUUUCUGCGUCUUUCUUCUGCUGACGUUUCGUUGGAUGGCUGUAUUGUUCUUCUCAAGUAUGGAGGCUCCCUUCCUGAGUCGUUAAAGGUGUCUAUGGCUUUUCGCAUGGGUGCCAAAGCUGUAGUGUUCGUUACUUCUCCUACUGAAUGGACAGGUGCCACAAAUGAGGAAUACAUCAAUAAGAAAGGUGUGGGUAAAACUCGCUUCAGUCCCGGUAAUCUAUUGGACCCUUCGUGGGAACCCCAACUGAAAUUGAAACCUAAUCUCGAUUGGAACGCUUCCGGAGCAACCCCUAAGAUUCCUACCAUCCCUAUAUCAUGGAAGGAUGGUAGCCAUUUGAUCGACCAAUUGAAGAACUCGGGAAUUCAAUUUGACGAUGGGCCAUUCUCAGGUACCCCUGCUACUAGCAAGAAAUUGAAACUCAGCAUUAAGCUCGAAGAGCGCCCUGAGCAACCUAUUUGGGAUGUAGUUGGAACAAUUAAGGGUCGUGAACAAUCUUCGAAGGGUGUCAUUUUCGGUGCUUCUCGUGACUCUGUCUGUAACGGAGCAUCUACCUCUGCAACAAGCACAGCAGUCUUAUUAGAACUUGUGAAGGUGUUCACUUCUCUACAGCGCCAAUAUGAAUGGUCGCCUAGUAGAACCAUCUAUUUUGUUUCCUUUGAUGCGACGGAUUACAACCUUGCUGGUUCAUCAAUGUGGGUAAAUAAGGGAAAGAAGGAAUUGCUCAAUCAGGGAUAUACAUACAUCGAUGUUAAUGAUAUCCACGUGGGAGAUAUUUUAUCUGUGGUGGCGAACCCGCUCUUACAUGACGUAAUCAUGGAGGAAAUGAGCAAGGUAGUGAUCAAAUCAGAACAUUUUCAGGGUUCGCAGAACUUGUUUCAGCUUUACGCCCUGCAACAUGACGGCAAGACAGACUUCCCAAGCAAUUUCCUCGAGAACAAGAACUACGUGCCUUUUGUCAAUACUCUUAAUAUUCCUUCGAUGGACAUCGGUUUCCGGGCCCCCAAUGGAAUGGACCAGCCUUUGCAAUCCUGCUUAGAUCUGUUCGAAAACUUGAACACAAACUUAGACGGCCGUAUGGAACAUCAAGUGGCCAUUGUUGAACUUUUUGCUCGCUUGGGCUUGCGUUUAGCAGAAGAGCCGAUGAUCCCCUUCAAUUUCAAUCGUUUUGCCAAUCACAUGGUCAGAUUUAAGGACGAUCUCCAAAAAGUGAUUGAUGAGGAGGACCGUAUGCAUGGUAUUAGCUUGAGUGACCUAAAUCGUGGAGUCACCAAACUUCUCCAAGGAGCUCAGAGCCUUGAAGAAUUCAAGAAAGACUGGAAAGAGUUUCUUCAAAAUUCGGACGCAAUGGAACCAGUGAUGUUGGCAAACACACGUCGGUACACAAAUGAGAAUGUGGUUGCAUUCAACCGCUUGUUUGUCGGAAAGGAAGAGAGAGGCUCAAGACCGGGCUACAAUAAUUUCUUGACUGGCACGACAUUUUUCGCACCACAAUCACUGGACAACCAGCAUGAAUGGAGCUCGUUUCCAUUUGUUCGGGAUGCCAUUCUGAUAGGCGAUCCAAGAGCUGCUGUUGCUGAGUUAGAGAGAUUGGGGCUCGCAUUGGCAGAGGGUGCUGCAUUAAUAAUGACUUAUGGAUAA